UCUGAAAACUAGCUCUGUUGCCAGUUAAGCAGUCACAAAACCAAAAAUGUCCCGAGUGACACUUUUCCUCCUUUUAAAAUCAAAAUAUCGACGAAAAGGGCCACUUUCAGGUCAGAUAAACGUUAUUACUUUCUCUGUGAUUUUUAGUUUAUUAUUUGUGCCAGCUAGGACCAGUAUAGAGUUAGACCUUUGUAAAGAAAAUUGUAUAAACGGCGACUGUAUAGUGACAUCCACAGAUGAAGGUGAUACGUCGCGCUGUGACUGUUGGGAGGGUUGGAUGGGACAGCGCUGCGAGCUGUGUGGAGGGAAGGUUCGGUUGACCGACAAGGGACCCCGAAGUUGGAUAGCUGAGUCCUAUGGAAACUACACUUUUAACAUGAAGUGUAGUUGGUUGGUGGAAGCUGAAUCUCCAAACUCUAGUAUCAGACUUCAUCUAAACGAGUUUGCAACAGAGUGUGGGUGGGAUCAUCUGUAUAUAUGGGAUGGUGACAGUGUAUUCAGUGAUCUACAGGCUGUGUACUCUGGUUUAGUAAGAUUGGAACGCUACUCAACAGCCCGUGUUCCAGAAGUGGUUGGGAACAGUGGUUCCAUGCUCCUACAUUUCUAUAGUGAUGUUGCGUACAACAUGAGCGGGUUUAAUAUAAGUUUCAGCAUGGAUUCUUGUCCUACAGAAUACUCAGCUACUACGUGCAGUGGACAUGGAACAUGUAACGAGAAAUCAAAGGAAUGUGAGUGUGACCCCGACUACAAAGGAAUUGCGUGCGAGAUCCCUGCCUGUCCUCACAACUGUGGUCGGAACGGUAAAUGUGAUGAGACCAGGAAAAGAUGUGUCUGCUCCCCCGGGUUCAGGGGGGAGGAGUGUAACCAGCAGGAGGAGAUGGGAGUCUGGGAGCUACUCAACACAGGGCAGGGGCUCAGUAUGCUCAGGAAGUUGAGUUUGAAAAGUGGAGUUUGGUCUGAAGUAGAAGUUGACGGAUCUAGGUCUCCUAGUGAGAGAUAUGGACACUCUGUAGUAACUCAUGAUAACAAGAUAUACAUGUACGGAGGGGUCAUGCGCUCCGGUCAUGUUUCUAAGGAGUUGUGGGCGUUUAAUAUCUCAAGUGGGACCUGGCAGAUGGAGACUGUUAAUAGAGGACGGUGCCUUGGUAACCUCUGCGGAGAAAUCCACUGCGCCGGUCAUACUGCUACACUGGUAGAGAACAGGAUGAUGAUCAUGUUCGGACACUCGCCUAAAUACGGGUUCCUUGAUACAGUACAGGAAUAUCAUUUUGUGAGUCGGGAUUGGAAUGUUAUAGAAACCCAGGGUUAUCCAGUCAAAGGCGGAUACGGUCACUCCGCAAUAUUCGAUAAAUCUACCAAGAAAAUAUUCGUCUACGGCGGAUACGUAUCCAUUUCCAGUUCCGCCGCGGAGAUAUCAAACAGUCUCUACGCCUUCGAUAUUCAUGCUUCAAGAUGGGAACUACGCAAGGCGAGCUUUAGUCACCGCUACCUCCACAGUGCAGUAGCUGUCGGUGAACUCAUGCUGGUUUAUGGAGGGAAUACGCACAAUGAUACGCAGUUCUCACAGGGCGCUAAAUGUUACAGUGCAGAUUUUAUUGCAUAUGAUAUAGCUUGUGAUAAAUGGUAUAGCUUGGAGGAAACUGUUCCCAGGGAUUUUUCUGCUGACAUGCCUCGGUUUGGGCAUAGUGCAGUGGUAUACAAUGGCAGUAUGUAUAUCUAUGGAGGAUUCAACGGUCAGACUAAAAGUGAUAUUCUUGUAUUUACUCCAGGAGAAUGCUCGCAUGUCAAGGAUCCAUCUCAGUGCGUAUCCAGCAAGUUUGGCGUAAAAUGCGUCUGGAAUCGCAAGAAAGGAGUUUGCGAAUUGUACGCGGCAGAUAUUCAGCGGAGUGCGCAAGAAAUGUGUCAAGUGCCCUAUCCGGACAAUGCACCAUCUGUCAAUAACACUGAAGACUGCAACGUUGAGACGUCCUGCUCUAGUUGCCUGGCCACCAGUCAGCAGUGUGUAUGGUGUGGAGAUUCUUGUGCUUCUGAGAAAUGUCCAACCAGGAAAGACCUGAAGGCGGUUCACCGGUUAGGGGACUGCCCCGUCUCCGCCGCCAAGGAGAUGUGUGAGAACCUACACACCUGUGAGGGCUGCUCAGUCUCUACUAGAUGUAAAUGGAACACUGAGAAGCAAAGUGCGGAAAAGUAUUGUCGUGAGAAGAGUAUCUCCUCUAGUGGUAAUGAGGUUGAGGAGGGUGGAGGAGGAGGAGGUGUAGUUGUAGGGAAGAAGGAACCAGCAGGGAACUGUCCAGUUACUUGCUCUGAGAGGAAAUCCUGCCAUAACUGUACUAGUGGGACCUGUAUGUGGUGUCAUAAUCAGCAAAUGUGUGUUGACAGAAACUCCUACCUAAUCUCGUUUCCCUAUGGUCAAUGUAUGGACUGGACUACGACUGCUGAUCAAUGCCACGAAGCAGAGGACUCUAAUUCAACCAUACCAAACCUUUGCAAUGGAUACCAGACAUGCAGUACUUGUCUGAGUAACCCUGCCUGUGGUUGGUGUGAUGACGGACUAGAAACUGGACUAGGACGAUGCCAUGAAGGUGGAGGGAAGGGACCUCUUCAACGGAAAAAGAAUCAGAAUCAGUGGAUCUGGGAGAAGAGUACUGCAUGCUCUGAUGAGAAAAUGGAAUGGCAUUUCACCAGCUGCCCGGCCUGUCAGUGCAACGGUCAUAGCAACUGUACUUUAGCGGGCAUAUGUGACCAGCCUUGUCAACAUAAUACAAGGGGCUUGAACUGUGAGAAUUGUAAAGACGGGUUCUUUGGUAACCCUGUAAACGGUGGAACCUGUCAGAAGUGUGAAUGCAAUAAUCAAGGAAGUCUUUGUGAUCAUAAAUCUGGAAACUGCUUCUGUAAUACUAAAGGAGUGACGGGAGACCACUGUGAGAAAUGUGACACUCAAAACCAUUAUUUCGGGGAUCCGAUCAAAGAGUCCUGCUUCUAUGAGCUAGCCAUAGAUUAUCAGUUCACAUUUAAUCUCUCGAAACCAGAGGAUCGUCAUUAUACGGAGAUUAACUUCAAGAAUAUUCCAACCAAACCGGAGGUUGAUGUUGACUUCUCCAUCACGUGUUCCGUAGCCUCUAAGAUGAACGUCACCUAUCGCUAUGUUGGUAAGGACGGAGAGAGGAAAGAAGAUAAAAUUAUUUCAGACAAAAACUGCUCAAUGUUCAAAUACAGAUUUUCAAAGAGUGAUUAUGUGUUUGGGAAUGAGGAGAAUACGACCUUUUACGUGUACGUUUAUGAUUUCCAUUCUCCACUGUGGAUUGUUAUAUCCUUCUCCCAACAUCCUAAACUAGAUCUUCUUCAGUUCUUCAUCACAUUCUGCACAUGCUUCCUUGCGCUUCUGUUCAUUGCCGCGUUUCUGUGGAAAGUAAAGCAGAAGUACGACAGAUAUCGAAGACGACAGAGACUCUAUGUUGAGAUGGAACAAAUGGCGAGCAGACCUUUCGGUAGUGUGUUAGUAGAGUUGGAACGAAUACCAGACACAUCAGAACCCUCUAACAUUAGUUCCAGGAAGCGGCGUAAGAAAACCCGUCCUAGUCCUAUAGCCCUUGAGCCCUGUAUUGGGAACAGGGCUGCUGUGCUCUCCUUAAUAAUUCGACUUCCUACAGGAGGACACAGCUUCUCACCUCCAGGAAUUCAAGGUAUAGCUGUGGCGUCUAGUCUAGUAACCCUGGGGAAUCCAAGGAAACAGAGUACAGAUCCUUCACAGAAGACGAGUCCCAGCGGCCUCCUUACAACAGAGCCAGGAACAAAGGAAAGAGCUAGAAGAAUUCUACGCUGCAUUCACUCUAGUUGAUUCAUGUGAUUUGAUACCGAUACGAAUAGACUUGUUAUUUCUUAGAAUCAAAUAUAUUCUGAAGUUAGA